AUGACAACGACGCGCCAAAGCCAAAGUCCAACCUUCCGCAGCUCUCCUCACACUCGUAGCCAGACGCCGUCGAAAUCGAAAUUUAGCUUCUUCACCUCUUGGAUGUCGUCAUUAUCACCCCCGACAACCUGGUCGAAAUCCAGUUUGUCUACAGGAUCACUCUCGCCGACCGGAAGCAGGAGCCGGAGCUUAUCACCUCUCCGUGGGAACCUGGGAUCGUCGCCUAGUGCUUCUCAACCGGAGAGACUAUAUAUAAUAGACGACUCUAGCGACGAGGGGCUUACAGAAGAUAAAGAUGUUGAGACCGUUGUAGGCGCAGAAGUACGCGAUAGUGACUAUGAAAAUGACCCGGUAGUGAUUAUAAACGAUUCGGACGACAGCCCAAAUGAAAAUUCCGUAAUUGGAGAGUCUAUUCGCAUGAGAAAACAAACCGAGGACGAGCUUGGGAGAAUUCUACAGAAUUAUGAUACAAAUUACGAAGGAGACGAUCGUGGUGACGAAGACGUGUGGUAUGAAGAUUAUACAUGCAAUCGUUGGGCAAACCGCCUGCCAGAUACAACGCCUAGCUUGGGCGAAUCUACCAUAUAUCAAAGUAUACGGAAGAUCGAUGACGACGCCGUUUGUUGCCUAUGUGCUGGUCCUGGUUUCUUUAUGAACUCCCUUGUCACAUGUGACGCUUGUCAUACGGCUUAUCACCAAACAUGUCAUUUACCUAAAAUUCCUGACUACACGGUACGCUUACACAGAAGGGGACAAAGUUGGGUUUGCUCAACUUGCUUUGGUGGUUCUAUACAAAUAAUUUCGGAUCAAAUGCCCAAUAAAAGACAAAAGAUAGCGAGUUAUGAGUAUGAUGAUGAAUUGCAAGCGAGCAAAAGGCGGAAUUGGGUAUCGCCUGUCUUGAGCACUCAUAACAAAAGCACAAAUAGCUCUUAUACUUCUAUUGCAAGCCACCACCACGGAAGAACCCCACCUAAACUUAAAAUGGCAAGCCCAAACCAAAAUGAGGACAAUAAUAUCAAACAAGCCCUAGCACAACGACAGGAAACUUCUACACGCGAGGAUAGUAAUGAUAGGGAUAAAGACAAGAUGGGACGGAAAAAGUAUGAUGUAAAUGCCAUAUCUAAAAACGAGGAGAAAUCGUCUAACGGUCGAAGUACAGAUCCAGCCAGUAUUUUUGUGCAGCGCGAAGAGCCGAAUUUUGACAUUCUGUCGCUAGUUCCUCCAAAUGUAAUACCAUGCUUAAACUUCAAUGUGUUGGCAUUUCGCGAAGGAACAAUAGAUCCAAAAAGGGGCAAGCUCAAGAGGGGGAAGGCGUAUCCAAUUACGCGAUAA